CGAACCCUAUUUUGUUGCACAACCUGUAGCAAAGUGGUUAGCGAAGCGAAAACUAGCGAGCUAACGUUGCAUCGUCAAGCUCGAUAUGCCCGCCCAUCGCCUGUAACAUCACUCAGUGAAAGCACAGGCUGUUGUGAUGUCAGAGCCAAAGUCCCCUACUCUGACCCCUGGAGACACAUACAAGGGUUGGCUCUUCAAAUGGACAAACUACAUAAAAGGUUACCAAAGACGCUGGUUUGUUCUCAGCAAUGGCUUGCUCUCUUACUACAGGACUCAGGCUGAGAUGGGUCACACAUGCAGAGGCACCAUUAACUUGGCCACAGCCAACAUUGCUGUGGAAGAUUCGUGCAAUUUUGUGAUUUCUAAUGGAGGGGCACAGACCUAUCACCUGAAGGCCAGCUCCGAAGUAGAGCGCCAGCGAUGGAUCACUGCUUUGGAACUUGCAAAGGCGAAGGCUGUCCAAAUGCAGGCGGAAUCUGAUGACUCAGGUGAUGAUUUCCCUGCAGUCUCGCCAAACUCAGGACAGGGUGGAGACUGCCGUAACACAGAAAUCCAAUCUACAUUACGCACACUUAACAGCAAAGUGGAGGAUCUUGCCACCUGCAAUGAUCUCAUUGUCAAGCAUGGGUCUGCUCUCCAAAGGUCUUUAUCAGAACUUGAAGGACUUCGUGUCGCAGUGGACAUGGGAGAAAAGGUCAAACAAGUCACAGAGAGAGCCACGCUGUUCCGAAUCACAUCCAAUGCCAUGAUCAACGCAUGUAGAGACUUCCUUUCCAUGGCUCAGAGCCACAGUAAGCGCUGGCAGAAGGCCUUACAGACUGAAAGAGAACAGAGGAUACGUCUGGAGGAGACUCUGGAGCAGCUAGCCAAACAGCACAACCACCUAGAAAGAGCUUUCAGAGGAGCAACAGUUCUCCCCCCUUCAUUCAGUAAUCCUGCCUUAGGAAACAAAGGGGGUGUUUCAGGGAAAGCCGAUGCCAGUGACGAGGAUGAUGACAAUGAGUUUUUUGAUGCUAUGGAGGAGCCAGCAGAGUUUAUUACUGUCCCCGCUGACCCCAAAUAUCACAGGAGAUCUGGCAGCAACAUCAGUGGGAUUAGCAGUGAGACUGGAACGGAUGAUCAGUCGGUAAAUUUUGAUGAACUUUCUUUGGCAUCAAACCCAGAGUCUCCACAGCCGCUGGAGCUGGAGCCAGUUAGGCAAAGGCGAACUCGUAUCCCGGACAAACCAAACUACUACCUCAAUCUGUGGAGCAUCAUGAAGAAUUGUAUUGGAAAGGAGCUCUCAAAAAUACCAAUGCCUGUGAAUUUUAAUGAGCCCCUGUCAAUGUUGCAACGUCUGUCUGAAGACCUGGAGUACUACGAACUCCUUGAUAAGGCUGCAAAGUGUCAUAGCUCUCUAGAGCAGAUGUGUUAUGUGGCAGCCUUCACAGUGUCUUCCUACUCCACCACAGUCCACCGCACAGGAAAGCCCUUCAACCCUCUGCUCGGAGAAACCUUUGAGCUCGAUCGGCACAGAGAGUGCGGUUAUCGCUCUCUUUGUGAACAGGUCAGUCACCACCCACCUGCCGCAGCUCACCACGCCUUCUCUGAAAAGGGCUGGACCCUCAGACAGGAGAUAACAUUAGCCAGCAAGUUUAGAGGGAAAUAUCUCUCUAUCAUGCCUUUGGGGUCUAUUCAGUGUAUAUUUGAAAAGAGCAACAAUCACUAUUCUUGGAAAAAAGUGACCACAACAGUUCACAACAUUAUUGUUGGGAAAUUGUGGAUUGAUCAGUCGGGAGAGAUCGACGUGGUGAACCACAAGACAGGAGAUCGCUGCCACCUCAAGUUCGCUCCCUACAGUUAUUUCUCCAGAGAUGUACCGAGAAAGGUAACAGGAGUAGUAACAGAUAAGGAUGGAAAAGCGCAUUAUGUCCUGUCAGGAACGUGGGAUGAGAAAAUGGAGUUUUCCAAAAUUAUGCAGAGCAGUAAAGGUGAAAAUGGCACUGAAGGCAAACAGAGGACUGUCUAUCAGACACUCAAAGCCAAAGAAAUCUGGAGAAAGAACCCGUUACCGGAGGGAGCAGAGAACAUGUACUACUUCUCCUCUUUGGCUUUGACUCUCAAUGAACCCGAAGAGGGAGUUGCGCCAACAGACAGUCGGCGGCGACCUGAUCAGCGGUUAAUGGAGGAAGGCCACUGGGACGAGGCCAACGCAGAGAAACAGCGUCUAGAAGAAAAACAACGCAGCACCCGUCGAGAAAGAGAGAGAGAAGCUGUGAAAGCAGCCAGCUCACCUGAGGAAGCUGUCACUGAGACUUCGAUCAAUGACUCGCCUUUGAAAACUGAUGCAAAAGAGCCUGCUCCUGCUUCAAGUGAGAUUUCUGAUGAAACUGACACUGAGGAUUCCCCCCCUCAUACACCUGUUGCAUCCCCUUAUGGACCGUCACUCUUCCCUUAUAUAAUGGAAGGCAGGGAAGGCCCUUAUGGAGCUCCAGCCAAAAGUGCCCAUCCAGACACCUACCAAUCACUUUGGUUUGAGAAGAUAGAUGAUCCUGUGUCCGGAGAAAUGUUGCACAUCUACAAGGGGGGUUACUGGGAAGCUAAGGAGCAAGGGAACUGGGAUAUGUGCCCUGACAUCUUCUGAGCACAGCUGAACAAUUUCCCCACUGAGGUGUACAAAUGACACGAUCGUUAGAGGGACCCCUUUUUCCUAUCACAUUAAUUAGGAAAUCCAGUUUGACAUCAGCCUAGCCCGUCAUCUGACCAACCUCCUUCAGCCCCUCAGUUCAGCAGGAUCAAGGUCAGCUGGACUUCGCAUUCAAGUACACAUGAUUGCCUGUGUGGCAUUGUAGUCAACCUGCAGCUGGUUGGUGUUCCUCUCACUGCCUCUCAAACCCUGAAGUUUAGCUUGGUUUUGGUCCACAGCUUCUUCCCAGUCCAGGGUUUUCUGAUCCAGCCUUCAGGUUGCAGUUUGCAACAGCUCUUUCUGAAAAUGUCAUUCUGCAUUUUCUUUGGAUGUGCUAUUGAUGGAAGGGUUAUUGACCCAGAUGGUACCUUUCGAUAUGUUUUUCUGCCACAUUCCUGUUUGUUUUCCAAAUACUCCAAAGCCUCCUCAGCACAAAACCACAGCAAGUCAAAGUUAAAUCACAUCCUUUUAUAAUUCCCACAGUAAUAUCCACGUUACCAUUUUCAGGCCACAAGUUUAGCUUUUGGCAUUUUGGAGAUAAAUGAACAUACGUUCGAUACAGAGCCAGACUGAUAUAGGAUUUCUAAGAUUGAUAUACUGGCCUAAAUUUGACACAGUGACCUUUUAAUUUUCUUUUUGGGCACAUAAACACAUUUCCUUAACAUUUGUUACAUGUAUUUAUUUAUCUACUCGUUUACGCUCUGCCUGACUCUGCUCAGAGCAGCUGGUUGUGUUUCUGUUGUGUUUCAAACACAGUGUAGCCAACAGGGAAGUGGACAAAGCGUAACAUCAACAAUCAGAAUGUUCCUUGUGUUUCUGUGUUCUGUUUUUCAUUCUCAUUUAUAGGUCAUUCUAAAUGCCAAUACUGACAAAUCGGCAAAUAGCCGAUAUAUCAGUCGGCCUCUAAUGCAGAAUUUGCCUUUGAAUUUAUAGUGAUUUGUGGUGCUGCUUCAAACUAAAACAACAACUAUGAAGGUAUAAUAUAGUUAUAUACUAAGACUUUUUAAAAAUUAUUUGAACUGUCUAUUUUCCCCCAUUCUAAUACUCCUCCUACGCCCUGUAAAUACACAGCAAAGAUCUAGAAGUAUUUAUUAUAACUGUGCUGUCCCGCAUAUUGGUGGAGUUACUCAUAUAAAACCUGAAUAUGGCUUCAUACAUCGUUCAUUUCAUACUACAGGAGUAGUAGAGUACUACUGAAAUGGCAGUUACUGUUGCAGAUGCAUUUUUAGGUUGUCUGUGUCUGUGGUCAAUGGUCACAGUCACUUAACCUCAGAGAACACUCUUUUUUUGGGGGGGGGGGCUUUGCUCAAGAAUUGAAACAACAGCUAUGACAUUUGCGUUUGUGACAUUUGCAUUGAGGAAAACUGCCCCACUUCUCAAAGUUGAUCAAUUUCAGAUGUAUUUUUCUAAUUUAGCUUUAAAAGUUUCACUCCUGGUUUCACAGUAGAUGUUGAGGCUAUCCAUGUGAAUUUGUGACUAAAUUUAAAUCAGCAGAUCUGCGCGCUGAGUUGUCACGGAGCUGCGUGGAGUUUACUGCUAACUCGAGGAUUUGCAAACUGAGGGCAUUUAAAGCGAGUGGUUUGGCCUUUGUGGUUAACUUCAGACUUAGCGAGCAUAGCUUUAAUCUUGAUUACAAAUAUUUGUGUGCUGUGAGUUUAGAAUUUCUUUUUUGUUUUUUUAAAAUAGCAAUAACCGUGCCUCUGCUCCUACAAGAGGCACAAAUUGAAAUGCGGGGGUAGCGUUGAGCAAGAACACUAAAGCUGCACAAACCGACUUUUGUCUCGGUCUUUGCUGUUGUUUGUCUCAAGGUGGUGGACUGUACAGGUGAUAGAAAGUUUUAAUCAAUGUCAUAUUAAAGUGUACUUAAAAUAAACUCUAUGAACGAAGACGACAAAAACAACACUAGAAAAUGAUUUCUGUGUGAAUACACCAAAUAGUGAAAUAACUGUGAUCAUAAGUAGUUGUGUUGAUGAAGAAUAUAAAAAGAGUGAUGCACUUUUAAAGUUUUGUUUUGGGGUUUUUUUGUGUUUCAUUAUCAUUGUUUACUCCAUAUGAACAUAGUUUCAUUUUCUGAACCGAGGGCACCGUGUUACAACAUGUAGCUCUUUAGCAACCAAGUUAGCUUUCAGUUUGAAAUAUUCGUCUUUAUUUGUUUUCUGCCACCUUCAUCUUCAUUGAGGCUCUGCAAGCCAUUUAAAAACACUUCUUUACAGAAUAGGUUUACAGAUUUGCGUCCUCUGUUGUUUUUAUUACAUGUAACAUUUCUGUUUCUGUGUUCGUUUGAAUUGUGUGGUUCUGUCAUUCCAUCUUUAUGUUUCUAGAUUUUUUUUUCUGUCGGUUUCCACCAGUUUCAUCACUUUGUUCCAGCUAGUGUUUUUUUCCUCCCUUUUUUCUGACUGUCCCCAUCUACAACUGUCCAAAGCUCCAGAAAUCUGAGCUCUGACUGAAUUCAGACUGAAUUUUAUUACUAAAUGGUCAGAUUUUGAUGUUGGCUAUUGAAAUAUUUGUGUGAGCUUGUUCUGAAAACUUUUCCUAAACCAUGUUCAAUAAAAUAUGAAAUGAAUUACAAUUCUAAGGAAACUUUUCACCUUUUUCUGUGCUUUUGAUGGAGUUUUUAGAAGGAUUGUUUUAGAGAUUGUGGCUGGAUUAAAGUCUGAG